UUUGACAACAGAAUAAAUAAAAAAAAACUAUCGAAAUCGACCAAACCAUUAACUCCAUUAAGUAGGUAUUCCAAGCAAAACGCAGGUAAAGAACCCUUUUUUCUUGCAAUAGAAAUGGAUAAAGCUUUUGAGAUCCAAAAAAAUGCUCGAGACAAUGUGAAGUCCUUACAAACAUAUCUCACAGACUUGCAGAAUUGGGAAUCGGAGAUGAAACGUAAAGAGGCCGCGCUCAACGGAAACUUUGAGCAGGAUUUACCUCCAGUGAGAAGCAAGACACGCAAAGAGAGGCCAAUUCAAGUGAAAAAGAAGCAACUAAAUAGAAUAUCCUCGUCAGACUACAGUAGUUGGGAGAAAUUCGAUGUGGACAAAGCAUGUGAAGAAGUAGAUAUGGCAGCAAAGGGCCCGAUGUCCCUUGAUAGCAAACAGAGUGAGGAAGAGAAACAGGACAAGUUAAGAGAGGAAGCGCAAUAUGAGAAAGAGAGGGGAAAUACAUUUGUGAAGCAAGAGAAAUGGGAUGAUGCAAUAUCUUGUUAUAAUAGAGCUAUUGAAUUAGUCAAAAAUGAUGCUAUUUACUAUGCUAAUAGAGGACUUUGUUAUCUUAAGAAGGAGAGCCUCCAUCAAGCAGAAAAAGACUGUACUGCAGCUUUGAAAUUGGACUCGACAUAUGUAAAAGCAUUACAGAGACGAGCCACUGCUAGGGAGAAACUUGGCUCUCUGAGAUCGGCCAGUGCUGAUCUCUAUGAGGUGCUAAAGCUUGAGCCUAAUAAUGUAGCUGCGAGAAAACAAUUGGAAACUAUUAAAGCUAGGAUGGGAACUAAGGGCUCAAAAUCUAAGUCAUCACCGUUAUCAACCCCAACUUUGGAAUCCAAGUCCAUAAUCCCAAACGACUCCAAACCAAAAGUGGUAGAAAUUAGUUCAGUUGAAUCGACGCCGCAGGAGAAAUGGAGGACCGGUGUUGGGGAAAAUAUUACGGUCAUUAAAACGGUGAAGAAGCCACCGCAUUUGAGAUCCAAGAGAGCCUUAAAACACGUAACAAUACAAGAAAUACCCCUUGGCUGCACAGUACCCAAAGUGGAAGCCAAAACAAUCGACAAUUUAGCCCAAGGUGACACCAAUAAUAACUCAGAUGAAACAAAAGACUGUGCUCUGUCAGCUAAAGGCGAUAAUAUAGAAAUUAAUUCAAACGAAAUUAAAUCUAUGGAUAAAAUGGUCCCGCCAGUGAAUAGUGUUCAAUUUAUGAAUGAAUGGAAGUGUUUGAAGGGUUCGGUUGAGGCAAGGAGUAACUACUUAAAUAUAAUCGAUCCAACAAAUAUACCAUCGAUAUUUGCGAAUGCAUUAGAAAGUGAUGUUUUAUCGGAAUUAUUGAGUGCAUUAUACGAAUUUAAGGACAAAUACACACGAGGUCUGAGUCUUUACCUUCAAGCCUUCACACGCGUUAAGAGAUUUUCCGCGUUAGCUAUGUUUUUGGCUGAUAAUGAUAAACUUUUGGUCAAUAAAAUGCUGGUACAUUGUAAAACAAAGGAGGGUCUUAGCGAUGACGUGAUAAAUGAACUGAAGAACAAAUACGAGCUUUAGUUAGCAUUGAUUUGUAGAUAGAACGGAAUAUGCGUGUGAUUGAAAUUUUUUUUACGUUAAUUUUAGUUGAAAUUAAAAUGUUUAUAAACAAAAAGACACGGAAUAGAAGAAAAAUAAUGAAUUUAAAGUCAAGACUUAAGCAAAUAUGACUUCCAUACGUCAAAAUCCAUUACGUUUUUGGGUUUCAUAGUUUGUUUUUUGACUAUGAAACUUAAUAAGCGUGACGCAUAGUGCAUGUCGCAUCGUCAUGAUGAUAUGGUGACAAUCUAAUUUUGGAAUGUCGACUAAAAAUAAAUUCAUUGGUUACCAUGGUUACGAUCUGUCAAAAUUUUUGCAUGUUGACACUCGCCCUUCAAUAUUUUUUAUCUAUUCCAUAUUUAAAUCCAAUGCAAUCUAUGGACUUUCAGAGCAUUCGAAUUGAACUUCAUUCCAUUGCUGAAAAUUUGUAUUGCGUUCUAAAAUCAAAUUUACGUCAUCUAUUAAUUGUCAUAGAUAAAGCGCGCCAAAAUGUUUUUUAUUAUAGCGAUGGUACGUUUCAAAACACGCAUAGUUCCUGUUAAGGAAGGGAAGUACACGCGUGAUGAUUCUUAUGGCCUCAAAGUAAUAAAUUUAAGUGAAAUUUUAAUGUGUUUAAAUGUAUCUAAUUUAGCAUAUCUGAAAGAACAAUAUUUACUGUUAGCUUAAGUAGUUUUUUUGCAAAAUUAAACUAAACCUUCAGGAAUACCAUGCUCGUUUACUAAAACCUUUAUAUGGCUUUGAAGGUUUAUGAAUAUAUAGUCUAUUCAUUUUAUAAAACGUAUUCAUUUAAUAAAACCCGUAAUAUUGUAAAUGUAUUGCGAUUAUUGUCUACGGAAAUAGUAUUUUGUCAUAAAACGUGUAAAAUGUAUGGCGUUUAACUCUCGCUUGUGACGUCACUAAUUCCAUACAAAUUCGUUUGCGUUCGCUGCCUUAAAUACUUUCAAAAAUAGUUGCCCCAUUUAAUAAGAUUAGGGUGAUUUUUGAUUAUGGGGUCAAUGACUGGAAAAUGUGGCUUGGGUUUCAGGUUGUCUACAGUUUUUUUGCUGAAAAUUGAUUAUGCUAUUAUGGACACAAUAUGAAUGAUCUAACUUCUUUAUAAUAGAAUAUUAAAAAACAUUUUGAUGACGUAGAUAAUUUUAAUACAUAAAAGAAUCUUGUGACGUCAUAAUAGACACUCAAAUGUCAGUAUAAAUCCAACUCUUGGUAAUUUGCUAUAAAAUCAUCGUAAUAAGUUUUUCAUUUUUAACAGAAGUAUAGUUUAAGUUGAUCAAAAACACAUUGUAGGGUUUUUUGGUUCUGAGUGGUGCGAAGGGUUAUUUUCUAAAUAUAAGUUUUAUACGUA